AUGGACGACCCAUCCCAGUCCCUCCCACACGCGUCCGAUGGACCUUCCAACACCUCCAUUGGCGUCGGCGUUCGGCAACAGGAAGCCAUGAAGGGUCGAUUCAGUGUCAGAGUGGUUGUGUGGCCGAGGGGAUAUGGCAACUCAUCAAUGUUCGAGAACAUCUACGUCGAUGUACCAUCGGUCCUUUCUUUGUGGAAAGUUCCAUUGCUGCGCGACGCCAUGAUAUCCAAACGGACCGUACAUAUCACCGAGAGCACUACGGUCGUCCUCGUGCGCAUGGAAGGCCCGUUCUGGCCCUGUCUGGGGCUCGGCCAGGAGAUUUUCGCGCAGGACGUGGCAACCUGGUCUGCACCCGAGCCCCCAAUAGUCGACUAUCGUCCGAGGCCUCCCCACUUGCCUCAAGCGUACUCUCAAGUAAUCAUAUGGGCCAAGGAGGAUCGCCCUCGUCCCAUUGCUUGCUGCGUAACGUGGCUCGAGAAGACAUACUUCGCCGAGCUAGAGCACGAACUCGAGCAGCUCGUGCCCGAAGUCGACCUCGGGCAGAGGUUUCAAGUGUGGAACCCGGAGGUGUCGAUAUGGCAGCAGUGCGACGAGGACAGUCUUAUCCCACCGUUUGGCUGGAGGCGGCUUCUCAUCCGCCACACCGACAACGAGCACGCGCGAUAUGCAGGGUUCUUCAUAGAACUGCUAGAAAAGCAAAAGCCAUUGGAUAUCGGUCGGCCCACUUCAUGGUUCCUCGGCGAUGUCAACCCCCGGCAGGUCGACGAUGAGGUGAUGGAGGAAGACGACGGCGACGACGACGGUGACGACGACGGUGACGACGACGGUGACGACGACGGUGACGACGAUGGCGCCGACGACGGUGUCAAGGGUGGCGACUACUAA